AUGCGCAUGUCCGUCAGUAUUUUCAUCAACCAUAGGCUGCACCCCCACCACGGCAUCCACCCCUUCAUCCUGGAAUUCUGUGACCUGUCGAACGGACUACCAGAUAACAUCGACUGCUUCAGCCCACCACCUGUAUUUUUCCCAAGAAUCGGCGACAUAGUCAUCGUGUCAAGACCGCAUCCCAGCAUGGAGUCCAUGAGGAGCCUCAAUACUUCGUUGCCGGGGACUUCGAGCCAAAGACAAACCGCCCUAAAUGACUCUCCCGAACAACUCCUCGAUGCCUUCAAGGCAGCCGCUCUCUCGGUAACAAAGCUAUACAAGACAUCUGCAGCGAGUCAGACUAAAGCUCGCCUCGAUGGAUAUCAAGACUGUCUUGACGACCUUUUGGCGUUCCUCGAUCGGGAAAAUCUCGGAGUUGGUGACGGUGAGGGCUGGAGAAUCCGCAAAUGGGCAACGGAACGGUUAGAUGGCAGAGAGUCGCCAUCACAGGCUGUCGAGAGCGACGACGAAGCGGAAAAAGCCGAGAGGGCAUCAUCUCCGGACCUCGCGAGGAUAAAUAGCGGCACACAUUUGACGGCGAUGCGAGAAGAGAACCGGACGAGAACCGACUCUGCACCACCUACCAUUCCCGCCUCGACAGACGAGCCGGCUUCCUUCGUCGUCCCCAGCCUAGAUGCUUUUACAUUUCAAUCCUCCCAUCACUUUCCGGCUCAGGAUACACACAUGAACAUCGCCAACCUCGACCUUUCCGACUCGCGAUCCCACGAUUCGUUGCCGACGCAUACCGGCCCCGCCUCGGCUAAUGCGACGACAACUCGCACCGCCAGAUCACGACAACACCCCGGCAGCGGACCAAGGCUAGGUUCGCGGCAAGCAAACCAGCUCGGUCGCGUUGCUGGCUCCAAGAGAAAACUGAACUUUGCCGAAAUCUUCGACUUGGGCAGCCUCGGCUACGAUAAGAAUAUGUUCGGCCCAGGGGGCGGCGGGAAGAGAAGCCGGCAUAUUUAA